AUGACCUUCAAGUUAGUCGACCAGCCCAUUGUCUCGAUUUCACACUCGACCGCACACCCGCUGCCCAACCUGCAGCCUCACCAGCUAGCCGAAGUGUUGCCGUCAACGCACUCGACCUUCCUUCCCCCAUCCUUCCUCCCUACCCCACCCCCUUCGUCCUCGCCAUCGUCUUCCAUUCUUGUCAAUCGCGCCAUGGCGGACGACAAAGCGGAGGACAUUGCGCCUCCUUUUCACGGCUUCAUAGCCACGACUUAUGAUGCUCUGCUCGUCUUUGAGGCAGCACGUCGUGGCAUGAUCCCCCGCGUGACAAGGCGCCUCAACGACUCGGAACGAAGCAUGGUCCAGUCGGGCUCCGUGUUCGUUUACGACGAGCAGGAGAGUGGCAUCAAACGAUGGACAGACGGACACUCGUGGAGUCCUAGCCGAAUCCUCGCAAACUUCCUUGUCUACCGUGAAACGAUCAAACCUGCAGAGGGCAAGGAUGGCAAGGACGGCGACGACGUCAAGAAGGAAAGUGGGAGUCGGCCUGGAAGCUCGCAUGGGUCCAGGCCAGCGACAGCACACUCGACGCCUGGCCACGCCUCCUCGGCAGAUGGCUAUUGUGCAGAAUCGUCCCGCAUGGCGAUGGAGGCCAGCUCUGGUCGCCGUCCUCCAACCUUAGCACAUGGCCAGAUGCGACCUCGCACUGCUGCCGAAGCGGGAGGAUGCCGCCUGGAGAAUGGUAUUGUGAUCGACCGCCAUCUUGAGCGCAAGCUCGUUGGCAGUUUGACCAACAGCUAUCUCUUCCAGCCCGGCGGUUUGGUCAAGAAGACCAUGACGCUCACCAUCAAUGGGUUCCACCAGCACGUGGUGUCGUACUACACCCUAGAGGACGCGGUCGCAGGCCGGCUGCGUAGGCCUUCCACCAUUCCCGAGUUCACGGCGCUGGACAUUAGUCCAGAGUACCUUAACGUCGCCAACUUCCGCUACCCACCCACUAUCGAGAUGGGCCAAGAUGGUGUUGCCCGAUACCACGGGGAGCAGGACGACCGGCCUGUCUCGCCUGCACGCAUGCCGACAGCAUACGCAGACAUGUACGGCGACCCGUACGGUCAAUCCGCCGCAUUUGACGGUCACCACGGCCAGCGGCUUCGUGCCGUCACCGUCCCAACGGUCAGUACCGGGUUCUUGCCAACUGUGCCAUCCCCGGGCUAUUCGGUUCCUCCUGGAGCCGGCUAUUACGACCCGCAACCAAUGCACACUAUGGCUCCGGCGCCGCGGCCUUCAGGACCCAUGCGGCCUAACACGGCUCAAUCGUCGCGUCGCUACGAACCCUACAGUGGCAAUCCUCGAACGGUCGGCCCAGUGGAGAGCGGGCAUGUGAGGCGCCUGUCGCAGCCGCCUCCCAUUACAGACCCGAGCUACUACCAACCUAGCGAGUACAACUAUCAGCCUCCCUCAACGGCACCCGGAGCGUUCCCUUACUACUCUGCUACACCAGCGCCUCCCCCCUCGCAGGCUCCCAUGCCAUCGCCAAUGAUGUCACCUGGCUACCCGUCGAGCCAAUAUGCUGGAUGGCACCAGCCUCCCACUGCAAUGCGGCUCCUGCCUUCCUCGCGGUCCGACAUGCUUCACGCGGGCGGCGACCCCCCCUCGUCGGCUGGCUCUAUCGACAGCGCACCCGGGUCCUCGGGUGCACACAUGGUCCCCCCUCCGUCUGACGGGUGGGCACCCGUUCCUUCGAAUGCCCCACCAGCCUGGGACAGCCAUCCGCCACAGAUGUCACAGCCUUACACUGUCACCCAAGGUGACGGUUGGCAGGCUGGCCUCGCGUGA